AAUCCAGUUGAAGCUAGGCCCUGCCAGAGUGCAGACGUAGUAAGUACCGCUCAGGCUAAACAGUGUACUGUGGGAUAUAAAUGAGUGAUUAAAAGACCGGGUUUGGUUCAAGUUAAAUCUGAGAAUCUGAAACUAAACGCUGGUGUCGAGUUCAGAUGAGGUGGUUCAGAAACAGCAGAGGAGCAGGAGGAGGAGGAGGAGGGGGUAGAGGAGGAGGUGGAGAACAAUGAUUCAGAUACAACUUCAAGAUCAUGUUAAACUCCAUAAUAGUGAAUAAGAAUAAUAUGUGCUUUCUAAUCACCAGAAAGGAAUAAAUAAACCCAGACAAUUAGUUUAGUUCUGGAUUAGACCCUGAUCAAAUUAGUAUACUGUGACAGACCAGGAUGUCCGUUACCUCAAGCUACAGCGGUAGUCCGUCCUCCUCCCCUCGGGUAUCCGUAGGACUAGGCUCCACCAGUACCCGGGCACUUGCUGUAGUUACCAACAAGUGGUAUCGGGAGCAGAGACGAGCUGAGUUAGAUGUUACUAGAUCUUUAACUCUUCUCAAGCAGAGAAAAAUAUCCUGUAUACUCAAGGUUGAGAGUAUGCAGAGAGGGUUGGGACGGGAGGAGAGUAAGGACGGGGUAGAGAAUAUUGUCAAGGAACUCGAGGACGUGGAGAAGAAGAUGCUACAGCUGGAGAAGGACAGGGAGGAUAAGUGCAAGAAGAUCAUGGAUCGGAGGGUUCAGCAGGUUAACACGCUCCAGGAGCUAGGUCUCCUGGAAGCAGUGGGAAAGGAAUCUAUGCGAAGUAGGACGGACCUAGAAGCCAAGGAAAAUGAUAUUGCAAGAUGUAGUCCUGCUCUCUCCACCAGUAAAUAUAGUCCCGCCUCCUCUUCAUCCAGCCACGCCUCUAGACGUACUACUCCGCCCCUGCUGUUGACCAGAUACAGAGCUGGUUCGGAUCCUAGUAUCUCCCGUCCUGAUCCCUCCUCCAGGCUGGAUCCAGGAGGAGGAGAGGAGAGAGCAGGGAAAAGUCUGGGUUCAAAACUCUCACCUCGCUUAGGACGACGGAACCCCUUGAGAAUGCUCAGCAACGCUAUUGAUUUUAGAACCCGGAGAAAACCGCGUCCUAAAUCCGCUGAUUUUGAGAGUGUGGAUGAAACCGAUGGGAAAUCCCGAACAUCGUCCGGAAAACUCCCAACAGAGUCGUUCAGAUCAAUUUCAGUGACAGAUAUUCUUGAAACUGUAAACUCAAACUCAAACAUUAAGAGCUCCGCCACUUUACCCCCUAGGAUCCUUGAAGGACGAAACUCGGCUCCCGAUAUACUUCCUCCCAGACCCGGAGACUUGAAGGAGUUUCGUCCCAGAUCCAGAACCAGGCUUUCAGCUGCUGCCUCCGCUAAACAAAAGCUGAGCACUAGGUUUCAACCCCAGAGGAAACCUGCGCACAGGAUAAUACAAACCAGCAGUGUCAAGCGAGCAAAAACCUUUAGUUUAGGAGGUGGAACCCAUCCUGUGGUGACAGUAGCUUACAAAACUCUUCCUAAACUCUCUAGCUCCAGAUCUCUGGGCUCCAGCAGUACAGAUUCAUGUCAGAGCAGUCAGUCCACGGCUAGCAGUAGGAAAUCUAGCAACUCCAGUAGUCUCAGCGAUAACAGCGAAAGCAGGGAGAUAAGCGAAGACGCGCUUCAGGAAAUUGCCGCGUUUGAGAAGUUUAUUGAGGAAUAUUUUGAGAAUUGUGACAACAACAACCAUAAUAACCAAACUAAGGUGAAGAUUGGGAAGGUUCCAGUUCAUGGAAUCAAGAUGAAACCCAAGCUUUCAACCUGCAGUACUCUUUCAGAGGUUUUAGAACUCUCUAUCUAAGCUCUGUAUCCUACCAAUUCUAAAAUAUGUUAAAAUACCAGUGAUCAAAACUAUAUUUGAAACUAUGCAUUUAAUAUUUAAAGUAAUAGAAAUUUACUCUAAGCGGAUGUUAUGCUAGCUUGGUUCUUGAGCCAAAACAUUCCUAUAUAAUUGUUUAUUGAUAUUCAUGCAGUUAUUAUUCGGCAUUCUUAGUAAAUUGUUUCAUCAAAUUUAUAUUUUAUGUUAGAACCUUGAAAACUUGAAAUUUUUUCAAACAUAUAAAGUUUAUGGAUAAAUCCAACCCUAUCCUGACUUUGAUUAUGCACUAUACAUUGAAGUUUGAUAAUGAUGUUAUAUGAUCCCAAAUUUAUUAUUUCACUGAUAGUUCUCAAACCCUAGCUCUUGUCUAAUCAGAACUACUGCGUUUUAAUAUCCUUCUCCUUAUCCGUAAUCUUACUUUAUUCUUUUCUAUCCUUCUCCUUCUCCUUACUCUAAUCUUUUCUAUCCUUCUCCUUCUCCUUACUCUAAUCUUUUC